AAAAGCGUCACAAAGCAAAGGAACAUGUCGGACCAGACUGUUCACAGCUGAAAUUUGUCGCGCAGUAAGAAGUUCGUUUGUUGUUAAACUUGUAUGUAAAAUCUAUAAAAUCGUACAAAAUGAACGGUGAAAAUGGUGACGAUAAUUGGUUAACGGGUUGGGAACAACAGUGUGCAGAUUCCCUAAGAGAACAACCAAAUUUUGAACAGAACUUGAUAACAGAAUCCAGUAAUUAUCAAACUAGAAUAUGGUCUUCCUUUCAAGAUUCUGCAACAGCCGUGGCACAGCUUUAUAGAGAUAGGUACUCAGGGGAACCAACAGCUAUUUGGGUACAAUUUCAAACGGCAGCAGGAACUGUUACUUCCUUAUACAGAGAAUCGAGUGAAAGCUUGAGAAAAACGUCCGAAGUGGCGAAACAGAGCGGCUACCAAAAAAGAAACAAUGAAAUAUUCAACUGGGCGAAGAGGAAAAGGCGUCUGAUCCGGAGGGAAGAUCUCUUGGCAUAUCUGGCUGGUAAACAUCCCCCUCCGCCCAGUAGACAGAGUCACCAUCAUCAUUCACAUCACAGACUGUCUCCUAGACCGCCAAAUAUGUCUGCACCACAUGAUGAUGAAGCGAUCGUCGUGGACCCGAAUCUACGCACCUUCAGGGACGCCUUAGUCACUUCCCCCUUGUGUGCCUUUAUCACUGGAGAAAUGGCGCGUCACACGAAGAGAGCGGCCAGUCCGUCGGACGUCACGAUGGGCAGUCCCACUCAACACAAGAAACCUCGGUAUAUGUGAAAUUUAACAACAGAAAGUCAAAACGUCGCUGGUUGUCUGCUGCCUUAAGUUAUCAGUUGCAUAAAAAUUUAUGGUUGUAGCAUAACUACUUUAAGAGGAUUAUAUCAGUUAUCACGAAUUGAUAUGUCAUGGUUAACAGCCGAAAUAUUAUAGAAUCCAUUAGCUGAAUCAUACUACAAACGCAGGAAAAAUGCAGACUAUUUUAGAUCGGAGGUCAUUAUCAAAAUAUGUCUGACAUAAAAAUGAGUGAGGAGUACUGACAAGUGGGUUAGAUGUAGAUUAUUUUUUUUUAUAAAAAUCAGGUACUCCUUCUAUAGCCUAUUAAGUAUUUUUAUAAGGAAUGAUAUAUUCAAUUGUGUAAUGAUAAUUUUCUGAUCCUUCAUAUUUUAUAAGCAGUAUAAUUUUCAAAAAUUGAUGUUUUAAACAUAAUGUAGGAGUUAUUUUAUUAUAACUUAAUCCAUCUGUUUUAUCAAGAUAUUGAAUGCAAAUGUAAUUUUUUUUGUAAAUUAAUACAAAAUGAUUGUUAAAAUGGAUCGGAUGGAAUGGAUGGAUUAAAACCCGGAUCGGCCGCGGUCCCGAUUAAUCCGAGUUAUCAAGGUUCCACUGUAAUGUAUAUAUAACACACUGAUCUCUACUAUCUGAUUGUUUUAUCGGUUUGUUUAUUUUCAACAAAAGCUUUUAUUCUCUGCAACAAUAACAAGUUUUUUCAAAAAAAAAUAAAUAUUGGUUUAAAUACAUGGUGAUUCCAUAUCACUUUGGUUGUUUAUACUUAUGUACUUAUUAAACCUACUUAUCAUUUUACUUACGAUAUUCUUCAGUUUUUUUUUUAAAUUCACCUUUAAUCCAGCAUUUCUUUUUUGACAACCUUCUUAAUACCACAGUUUAAUGCUAAAAACUCAGUUAAUUCAAAAGUGUAAUAAGUCGGGAAAUAAAAUUCGAAAUUAUUUAUCCUCUGAGCUUUUUAAGUUGGAAAAAUAAAGCAUAACAGAGUGGCGAAAUACUCGACAAGGGAAAUCUAAAUUGCAUUUCACGUCCUGUCAUUCAUCGUGAUAAUAAUUUUAGCGAACUCUUUCUAAAUUAAUUUUAAUUUAGAAAUUUAGAAAUUUAAUUUUUAAAUUAAAAUUAUCACGGUGAAUGACAAGACGUGAAGUGCAAUUUAGAUUUCCCUUGUCGAGUAUUUCGCCACUCUGUUAUGCUUUAUUUUUCCAACUUAAAAAGCUCAGAGGAUAAAUAAUUUCGAAUUUUAUUUCCUGACUUAUUACACUUUUGAUUCAUAGAUGGUGCUAGUAGCAUCUUUGGUAAUUAUUUUGAUAAUUACUUGGAAAGGAUGAAAGGAUUUGGUUUCAAUUCAGUGCCUCUACCCAGGUGCUCCGAUGAGGAAACGGUUAUUCCGAAAUACGUAUAAGCACAUAGUAGAGGCUCUGUACUGUAAGCAAAUCUGAACCAUCUUUUCCUUUCUUUCAAUUAAUUCACUCUCGAAUUUUGAGGUUCCAAUUUUGCAAUCCACUCCUGAGGCAAAAUUGUGAAUGCGCGACGAUAAUGACCAAUCACAGCAAAUGCCCGACGAUAACGACCAAUCACGGCCAAUCACGACCGAUAACGACCUUAACUGUCAUUCACUAAAAUUUUUGAUGCGCCAUCACCAACAUGCUUCUUCUUAAAGUUCCCUCUAAUAUCGGAGGUUGGAUAUCAUACUGGCUAUGGUCACUUUGUUGGCUGCUGCUCUGAACAAUUGUAAUGAACUACAGUUAAACCAUUCUCUAAGGUUCCUCAGCCAGGAGAUGCGUCUUCUUCCUAUGCUUCUUCUUCCUCGGAUCAUUCCUUGCAUAAUAAUUCUCAGCAACUUAUAUUUUUCUCCUCUGGUAGUGUGACCCAGAUAUUCCAGUUUUCUAGUUUUUAUACUGUUCAUAAUUUCUAACUCCUUAUUUAAACGUCGGAGCACUUCAACAUUGGUAAUCCUUUGAACCCACUGAAUUUUCAAUAUUCUUCUGUAACACCACAUUUCGAACGCUUCUAUUCUUCUUAUGUGUUGUCUCUUCAAUGUCCAAGCUUCCAUUCCGUAUAGUAAUAUAGAAAAUAUGUAGUAUCUUAUAGCCCUAAAUCUGAGAGGCAACUGAAAGUCUUUGUUUGUAAGCAGUGUCUUCAUUUUUAUAAAUGCUUGCCUUCCAGUUUCAACUCGGACUUUCAUUUCUUUGCUUUGGUCAUUUUUGUCAUCAACCCAGGUUCCCAGAUAUUUGUAUGUCUUAACUUUUUCUAUUUGGGUUUGAUCUAUCAUUAACCUUUCAUUUCCAUGUUGUGUUUUUGAGACAAUCAUAAAUUUAGUUGUCUUGUUUAUUUUUAGUCCGUAUCGAAUGCAAUAAUCGUUAAUUCUAUUUAGCAAUUCUUGUAGUGAUUCCAGGUUGUCGGCCAUUAUAACGGUGUAGAGAUUCCAUCACAGCUCCGCUGUUGCUUCCUGAAAUAUGACUUCACUGUACACGUUAAACAGUAGCGGCGACAGAACACAACCCUGUCUUACUCCUCUUUUUAUAUCAAUAUUCUCGGAUUCUUAUUCUUUUAUCUUUAUAUUGGCCUUUUGAUUCCAAUACAGAUUGAUGAUAAUUCGUAAAUCUCGUCUGUCUAUAUCUCUGUUCUUCAAUAAUUCUAUUAGUUUUUCAUGUCGGACCCUGCCGAACGCUUUUUCUAAGUCGAUGAAACAGGAAUAAAUAUUCAGGUUCAUGUCUAAGCAUCUUUGAGAGAGGACAUUAAACGCAAACAAUGCCUCUCUUGUUCCAAGUCCUUUGCGGAACCCAAAUUGGGUAUCAUCCAUAUUCCACGUCAUCUUCUAGCUUUAAUAUAAUAAUAUCCAUAUUUCAUAUAAUCUUCCAUGAAUCACCUCUAGAAAUAUUCUGAGGGUAUGGCUUAUUAGUGAUAUUGUCCUAUAGUCCGAACAAUCUUUGGCAUAUACCAACAUGCACCAUAGUGAACAAAGGAUGUUCGUGGAGUGAUCCUACUGAUUCGUUAGCUGUAUACUGUGUUAUAUUAGAAACAUCAUCAGGAACCACAUAUGAAUAUUGAUUCAUAAAUGUACUAUUCGUAUUUUGAUUAAAACAGAUGGAUAUGAAAAUCAAGCCGCUGAAUAUCCUGUUUUAAGCUGUUUGGAGGAUAAAAAAUACUAAUUAUAAGUUUUAAGACAGCAUCGUGAAUGAACCUUGUUAAUUUAUUUGUUUAAAAAUAGUCUCUGGGGACUUUAAACUUUUAAUAAUUUGUUUUAUGUUAUUGUUUACGUUAUUCCUACAUGAUAUGCACUUAAAAAACGAAUAGUAUGUUUUUUAUUAAAUCUAUCUAACCAGAAUAUAUACUGGCCCUUAUUUACUAUAAACUCAAUCGUAAUUUAUCCAUUUCUUAGAAUUCAUGUGCCUUAGCAAGCUUUUUUACACGUAUAUAAUGCAUAUUACUUGCGAGUUUUGGUUUUGAAAUAUUUUAAUUUCAUUGUAGUGCCUUAGAAAAGCAGAAGUGUAAGGUAUUCCGUUUUUUUUAUUAAGAUGUAGUUACCAAUACAGAUUCUCUAAGUCAACGCAGGAAGUAAAAUAGUUUACUCGACAUAAUUAGAACUGUUUGUGGAUUUGUGGAGACUCCAAUACAGAUGCUUCAAAUUAUUUUAUUUUUCCUACAUCGAAAUCAAAUUUUCUUUAUUUAAUUCUCGCCAAAUAUUCUCAUGACUAUUAGGGAGUCUCUUAACUAUAGCAUCUCUAGGAAGUAUGUGGAAAAAUUCGGGCGUUAUUGUCAAAACAGCGGUCCAUUCACACUGUUACAUGUUUCAUUCUAUUUGAAGCUCGUCAUACCAUGAUAAAAUGCUAUGUGUUUUCUAUUAUGUUCUUCUAGAUGGAAUGGAGUUAUGGACCUUAAAUGAAGCGUCGUUAGAUGUAGGGUGCAUAGAAAAAUAGGUGCAGGUAGAAGAAGAAUAUACUGACUUCAUAACCUACGAAAAUGGUUUAACUUGAUCACCUGGAAAUAGACGGAGAGCCAGCGCCGAAAAAUCUCUCUGAAUUUACUAAAGGUAGUUUUUUCACAGUUGAUUACCGUGGUUGUGUAAAGAAACAUACUGCGGUCGGUCUAGCGAAAUGUAGAGCAGGUGGUACUGACAGCUUGUCAAAGUUGCUUACCUGCGGAGGUAAUUAAAUCCAUUUACUAAGGCUGAAAAUCAGUACAUACAUUCUAAAUUGAAUAUAAAUAAAAGUUAUUAUAGUCGGUCAGCUGUAUGACGGGACAGAGCCGGUCGGUCGGCCCCAAUGAAUGUACAGGGUUAUUCAGUAUAUUUUGACCCCCCGUGUAAACUGCUUUAUUUAAAGAAUUAGAAAAAAAUGUAAAAUACAAAACUUUUCGAUUUUUAAUUAUGAUUUUUUGACAUAUGUAUAUAUCGUACUAGUGCCGUCAUCCAUCUAGGCGUGAUGACGUACUCGACUAUUCUUUUAAAUGAGUACCUAUAGGGGUCGUGUGGUAGCUCAUUUGAAAGGUUAUUCAAUUCUCUAUUUAAUAAUAUAAGCAUUAAGAUUAUUAUUUAUACAGGGUGUCCAAAAACAUUUUUUGAAUUAUUAAUUAAACAAUUAUUUUGAUUAAAUUUUUUUUGGACACCCUGUAUAAACAAUCAUGUUAAUGUUUAUAUUACUGAAUAGGGAAUUGAAUAACCUUUCAAAUGAGCUAGCACACGACCCCUAUUCUCAUUUAAAAAAUAGUCGAUUACGUCAUCACGCCCAGAUGGAUGACGUCAUUAGUACGAUAUACAGGGUGUUUCAAAAAAAGGUAACCCCGUCUCUAGGGUAGGUAAAAAACUGAAAAAUAAUUGGGGUUUGCUUAGUAAAAAAUUUUUGUAACGCCAUCCGUUCUCAAGAUACAGGGCGUUGACGAAAAAAAAAUUUUACGCAUUUUUGAAAAUUGAAAAAUUGAAACAAGGUUUAAAAACUCUAAUUAUUGUUGAUUUAUCGUCAUAACAAUCAAUAAAUGUCAGAUUUCCAUGGCACACUUGGAGAAAAUAGAGGUAUACCUAUUAGAACUUUAUCAUUACUACCAGCAUCAAUUAUUACUUCAUAAUUUUCCAAUCAAAAUAUUCCGAAAGCGGUACACACUAUCGAGUUUUACCAAGAGUACCUUUUUCGUGUAAAAUUGAAUGAUGUUUAGGUUUACUUGAAACUUUGAUUAAUAAUUAUACUCUUAAAAAAGUUAUAUUGACUAAUACUUAGUACGAUCCGUGUAACUAGCGCCCUCUAUGAGAAUCAGAUAUAAAAACAAAUUCAUGGGAUGUAUCAGCUUCCAAAACCUAUUCGUAUAAAAUUUCAUUACAAUGUUGCCAGUAGUUUCGGCAAAAUCGUAAAAAAUGCGUAAAAUUUUUUUUUCUUCAACGCCCUGUAUCUUGAAAACGGAUGGCGUUACAAAAAUUUUUUACUAAGCAAACCCCAAUUAUUUUUCAGUUUUUUACCUACCCUAGAGACGGGGUUACCUUUUUUUGAAACACCCUGUAUAUGUAAAAAAAAUCAUAAUUUAAAAAAUAAUUAAGUUUUGUAUUUUACAUUUUUUUCUAAUUCUGUAAAUAAAGCAUAUUAGAGGGGGGUCAAAAUAUAGUGAAUAACCCUGUACAUUCAUUGGGGCCGACCGACCGGCUCUGUCCCGUCAUACAGCUGACCGACUAUAAUAACUUUUAUUUAUAUUCAAUUUAGAAUGUGUGUACUGAUUUUCAGCCACCACUAAAUGGAUUUAAUUACCUUCGUAGGAAAGCAACUUUGAUACCCUCUCAGUAACCCCUGUUCUACGUUUCGCUUGACCGACCGCAGUAUGUUUCUCUACACAAUCACAGUAAUCAACUGUGAAAUAACUAGCCUUAGUAAAUUCAGAGACAUUUUUCAGCGCUGCCUCUUGGACUAAAUAGAGGUGUUUGGUUUGCCUAUUAAAUAAUGACCAGGUUGUAAGGGCUGGCAGAUCCCAGUCCGAUUAGGCAUAACAUACGAAGCUGUCCUCAAUUCUCGUCCCCUCGAUAUUUAAAAUCUGUUUUGGUGCAAACCUUUCAAAAAUUGGUUCUGAUUACAGGUAUUAAGGAAUAAUUUUUCUUGUGGAUGGGCUUGGACAAGUAACAACAGUGGCUAGAUAGAUCGAAUAAAAAAUAUUUCACUAUGCAGGUAUACUUUACCAGUAUAUUGUUUUUUAUUUUCUUUAUAACUAGCUUAAAAGAAGAGAAAAUAAGUAUAAAGCAUUCGUUAAUAAAUUAAUUUUACAAAUAAGGCAGUAAGUGUUGCCAAUAUCAAAACAAAAUAUAAUUUUAAACAAAUAUCAAAUAUAAAAAAAAUAUCGCAUGUGAUUAAUAUGCACAUCUUUGUAAAUAUAAGUGCCAAUCUAAAAUAAAUCCUUAACAUAUUAUGUAAUUCAACAAUUUUUCGGUGCUACUAUAGUAUGCGGUCUACCGUCACGUCUAUAAACGCAUACAUAAGAAUUAUUAUUUUAAUUUUACAAAUAAUCCUGUUAUAUCUCUAUUUACCAUUUUAGUUUGGGAAUAAGCCAAGUUUGUGGCUUAUUCCCAAUUAAAAGAAUAAAUAGAUAUGACAAAGUAUUAGUUUCUCUAAUUAAAAUGGUAAUUAUUCUGACUUAUGCGUUUUAUUCACUUUGUAAAGAUUUUCAUUAUAGUGUGCAAAUCCUUCUGAGAAAAGAUUAUGGUACUGUUUAGCCACACAGCUAGGUAAAGUACAGUGCCAGCAAAAAAAUCUUUACAAAGUGAAUGAAGCACAUAAAUCAGAAGAAUUAUUAUUUUAAUUAUGACAAUUGCAAAUUGAUACUUUGUCAUAUCAAUUUACUAUUUUAUUUGGCAAUAAGUCACAAAAUUGGCUUAUGUUGCACACUAUAAUAGAUAGAGCCAGAUAUACCGCAUACUAUAGUAUCACCAAUUUUUCUAUAGCAUCGGUAGCAACGAUUUAUCGCAGGCAUAUACUUCUUUCCUCGAUCUAGUACGCACAUUUCUUAAAAGUUUUUACACGGUUAUGUACUAUUAUUUAUUAUUAUUUUAAUUAAUAAAAAAUUGUAACUUAGGCCCAGCUCUUACGAUACAAUACAAACUUAAACGAAGCUGUGAUUUUUUAAAUGUGGAGCGUUAUACCAAAAGAUAACAAGUAAACAUGACAACAAGUAAACAAAGAUAACAGGUAAACAUGUUUAUCAGUUGAUGUGGUACUGGCCUGAACGGAAUAAUUCCAAAUUUGCUUUGUCAAUUUUUUCGGUGGAAAUAAAUCUUGUUUGUCAACAUUUUUUAUUUUCUGUUCUUCUCUUGUAAGUGCCGUUCCUUUAAGAAGGUUGCUGUUCUAAACAGCUCAACAGCCACAAUAAUUGCACCAUUGUCUCAAUUUAUAUCCUGAUAUACGUCGUCGACCUACGCUUCUUGUGUCCAGUAUCUUUUCUUGUAUAAUGAUUUGCAGCAACACAUAUCUCCCAAUCUGAUGGCAUGGCCCAGAUACUAUACAUAAUUUUCUUUUUUUGAAUUGUAUUUAAUAUCUCAUUUUCCAUAUUCAUUCUUUGUAAAAUGUUGUUUGUAACCUCUUUGGCCCAACUUAUUUUUAAAGCUCUGGAACGAAAUAGGCGAUGGACUACCCUAGCUAAUUGAAAUAAUAUUCGAAAAUAUUACCUCAAUCAUCCAAGAUAGCCAUCGCUACACCCUUAGCUUAGCUCAGUCUCUCAAGGUGUGUGUUCGUCUUGUCCUAAUCUUAGAAAUGAGCUAUGAAGAUUCGGAAUGGAAGCAAACAAAACAAAUACUUUUAACUAAUCAUGUUUAUUGUUCAAAAAAAUAUAAUAAAAAUAUGACUUAUUAAGUGCAUUAAUAAAUAUAUUCAAAUUCUUGCCCAAAAAUUUACAAUUCUGGAUUAUACUUAUGGCUUUUGGUAUCUGAUGGUAACUUCUUGAUGUCGAAUGGUACUGCUGUUUCUACAACUAGCACUGGGCUUCUAGAGGCUGUAUUCCAGCAGGCCUACAGAUGUUGGUCGUUGCAGUCUAGGUGAUGUGGUUGCAGUCUAGAUGACAUGUCCCUCGUUGUUCUAUCGCCGGCGAUUUGAGGAUGUUUGUUGCUCCCGAAUGGAGAAAAGUGGUUUUAUUCCCAAAAACUAUAAGAUAAAAAUACAUAUCAAACAUCAAAAGAAAAACCAAAAUGUACCUUUGCCAAAUAGUAUUUAAAAAGUAGUAGAUGGCAAGGGUAUAUUAAAUGGAAUUAAUAUUGAUACUAGUUAAAAUUUUAUUUACACGUGCAUAUUAAUAGAUGAAAAGAAAUGUAGAAACCAAACACAUGGUUGAGCAUUGGGAGGUUAGGUAUAAGAAAAAAUGAUUAUAGAAAAUUAAAAGUAGACUAUAAAAACUCACCCCAAGAGAAUAAGUGUUGAUGGAAAAUAAAUGUAAUAGUCAAAUUACAUGCCUUUUUAAGGAAUAGUUCUUUCCUUCCAUUUUCAUUUUGUGUCAGGGAGUAGGAAUGAAGUGACACUGUCAUUGAAAACGACAUUUGAAAUGACGACAAAGUACGUAUGAAGUAGCAGGCAUGUUCCGCAUUGAAAGACAGAUACUUACAGAGUAAGAAUAUAUGGGGUACGUUCAGUAUUUUCAGUUGAUGAUUAAGAUUUUAGAUGAAAAGAGUUAUAAUAAAUAGAAGUUAAUAAAAGAGGAUAAUAAAAGAGGGCGCCAACGAGUUUUUAACGAAGAAAACUGGUAAAACAAGUAGAAGAAAAUUAUUGUUAAUGAGAUAAUAAAGAAAAUAAAGUAAAAUAAUUAUUUAAAAAUAAAAUAUCUAAAGAUGUGACAUCUGUAACGUUACAGCUCUUCUAUAAGCUCACAUGUUAAACACUUCUAUUCUGUUACAUAUAUCCUUUUUUAGCGUCGAAGCCUUUAUUCCAUAUAAUAACACAGAAAAUACAUAACACCUCAGUAUUCGUCCUUGAGCUGCAGACUCAUUUUUUCAGCUCUUCACUACUAUCUACAAUCUUAUUCAUCAGAACCUGCAAUUGUUAUUUAUCUAAUGAAACUUCCUUUUGCGAUGCACCAAAACGAUUUUGGGGACUUUCAGGCAAAUCCAGGGACAAAGGAAAUCCAGGUGAAUUAACAAAUUUGGACGAGUGUUUAGACUUUAGAAUAUCAACACACAUUCAGAUUUUCACAUUGUUUUAUACAUUUUAAAAAUAUCGUCACUUCAACAGCUAAAACAGGCCACAACAGCUACAGAAUAUAGGCUAAAAAGUCUAAGGAGCCAUGCAUUAAAACUUUCUUAAAAUUAUACAAAACAGAAUAUUCAAGCUAUGCGAAGAGAUAAUAUAAGACAGACGAGAGAUGCACUGUUUAGUCUACAGGUAUUAUUCCAAAGAUGCAGAAAUAUGACUUUUUAUCUACACCUGCUUUGUGGAGUACCAAAAAGCAUUUGAUACAGUUCAACACCGAAAAAUGAUGGAUGUUACUGAUAGAUGCAGAAAUAUUACUUUUUAUUUACACCUGCUUUGUGGAGUACCAAAAAGCAUUUGAUACAGUUCACCGAAAAAUGAUGGAUGUUCUAACAAAAGACCAAGUGGAUGAUAAAGACCGGCGUAUAAUACAAAAUUUAUACUGGAACUAAUCAGCCACAAUAAAAACAAAUCUUGGAGAUGAACCAACGGAACCGAUCGAUAUUCUGUGAGGUGUUAGACAAAGAUGUAUAGUUGCACCUAUAUUACUUAACGACGUUCUACACCUUCGUUGCGGGGUAUGCCUCUCAGAGGAAAGGGGGGGAAACUUAUAUGCAAGCGAAAGUUGGUAACAAUGCAUUUAUAGCAGAAUACUCGAAUCAUAUGUUUCAGUAUUGAAUACUUUAUAAAAAUAAAUUAUAAUAAAUUACGGAAAUUGCGGAAUAAAUUACGGAAUUAAUUAUAAUAAAUAAAUUAAAAAUAAAUGGUACGGUAAACAAUCCUCAUUUUUUAAUAUGUUAUUCCUUACAAAAAAACCUUUAAUUUAAGCACAAAUAAUUAAAAAUCGUAAAUUUGGGUCAAAAGUUAUUAACUUUUUAAGAAUUCCCAUAAGAGCCCAUGUUAAAACUUAACUUUGACCCUUAAUAGUAAUUAAACGGCACGGUAAAACAAUUUUUAAAAAAUCAAGUCUUAUUUUUUUGAAGUAAACUAUAACAUACUAAAAUUUCAUGCAAAUCCUUAAUUCUUUGCCGAAGGUGUAGAACGUCGUUAACCUAUAUUCAGAGGAAUAUUUAGUGAAGCAUUGGAAAAUUGCGAACAUGGAGUACUGCUAAAUGGAGAACACCUAAAUAACGUUCGCAGAUAGUUUAAACAGUUUACAGCAACUAAUAAACAAACUAAAUGAAGUAAGAGAAAGAUUUCACUGCAAGUAAAAUAUCAAACUAAAAAGGGGUAGUUCCCUGGGUUGGCUGUAUACCUUAUAGUUAAACAAACUGGAACAUGAAGUAAAAACCACUUCUAUGUAAAAGGUAUAUUUACUAAAAAUUUUUAGAAUCCCAAUGGAUUCAAUAAAAUGAGUUCAUCAGAACGUUUUCAAACCUAUCGGUCCAUCAUCAGUGAAUUUGAAUACUUGCAAAAUAGCCCCAGAACCAAACAAUGGUUGUGAUUAUAAAUAGAUCUACAUUAUGUUAAAAUAAAUUUAAAAUGGCUAAACGCCGAUGUUCAGGGAUUAAACCUCUGGGAACAUGGUGAAACUCUACCCGAGGACCCAAUCAACCAUCUUCGGGUUGAUUUAUUUAAAAUUUAUUUUAACAUAAUGUAGAUCUAUUUAUAAUCACAACCAUUGUUUGGUUCUGGGGCUAUUUUGCAAGUAUUCAAAUUCACUGAUGAUGGACCGAUGGGUUUGAAAACGUUCUGAUGAACUCAUUUUAUUGAAUCCAUUGGGAUUGUAAAAAUUUUUAGUAAAUAUACCUUUUACAUAGAAGUGGUUUUUACUUCAUGUUCCAGUUUGUUUAAAAUAUCAAAAACUAAAUUUAUGGUCAUCAGCAAAAAUAAAAUUAGAGACGUCCAACUGCUUAUCAAGAAUACACCAGUGGACCGAGUAAAACAGUAUACCUAUCUUGGAACAAUAGUAAAUGAACAAUGGGAUCACUCACAAGAAAUAAAAUGUAGAAUAGAGAAGGCUAAGAGUGCAUUCAACAACAUGGCCAAACUCUUUAAAAGCCACAACCUCAAUUUGGAGAUAAAAGUAAGGAUACUGAGUUGAAUCCUGGGCGCUCACUGAAGCGAUGAAAAAAAAACUUGAAGCCUUCGAGAUGUGGCUGUACAAGCGAAUCCUAAGGAUAUCACGGACGGACAAGAUAACCAACGAGACCGUUCUACGAAGAAUGGGCAAAGAAAGAGAGGUGAUGUAUACGAUUAAAAGGAGAAGGUUAGAAUAACUCAGACACAUUAUGAGAAGCGACACUAAAUACAGAUUACUGAAAAUAAUCCUUCAGAGCAAAGUAUUCGGAAAGCGAGGAAUUGAGAGACAAAGAAGAUCAUGGUUAAAGAACCUGAAGAAAUGGUUCUCCACAACAACUAAUCUAUUUAAAGCAUCAGUUAAUAAAAUAAUUAUAGCCAGAAUGAUCGCCAGUAUUCGAAACGAAAAGGCAUCAAAAGAAGAACAGCUACAACUCGUAAAGUAAUGGUCCGAUUAUGUUCUGAUUUUGACAAGUGACGUCUGAAAUUUGCUAAUAGAUAAAUCUUCUUAGUGACGCCAUCUAGUUGACAGGCCAGAACUUGUGACAAAGUGGAGUUUUAAAGAUUAGUAUAUUUAUUAAGUCCGUUCUCAAAUCAAUCAAUUUUCGAAAAAAAAACCAUAUACUUUUGGUAUAACGCAAUUCAAAUAUAUUUUUACAUAAUUCAUAUACGAUGUAUCUUUAUAGUGACAGACAACUGGCAUGUAAAUUGUACAUAUGUAUUUGUUUGGAAAAAAAUAUUAAUAUUUCCUAUAGAUAUUAAAAAAUGUACAUAAUCUUUCACAUAUUACUCGUAAAUUAUACAGUUAGCGACGUUGAAACGUUCACGUUGAUUCAAGUUCGAGGAUAUAUAGCUAUUAGAGAGAUUUUAGACCCUCUACUUUUUGACGUACGUUAAACGUAAAACGUUAUACUUGUCAUGCGCAAUGAGUGAUAAAUAAGGGAUAACGUAUUUGCUUAAAAUAGAUUUUGAAACCCUUCAGAAAAUACACACACAGAUUAACGAUAAUUGACAUUUGGCAAAUGUAACCUAUAAAACGGCAGUUGUGUGCUAUAACUUAUUUUAUUGAAUUAUUUGCCAUAAUGGAAGAAAAUGUAUUAAGACGUUCACCAAAGACAAUUUACUACUUUAGGAACACAAAACAUCCAUCCUAAGUUUAACAAGACAAUUCAAUCAAGUGUCAGAUUUCUCAAGAAAUGGUGUAAUUUAGAAUUAUUCUACCAGGGUUGCCAAGCAGAUUAUAUUCAAUUAUAUUAUAAUAUGUUUAUUACCUGAUAGUUUUUUUUAAAACAAAUUUUGAUUACAAUUUUAUACAUCGUUACUAUAUUUUUUAUUCUAGUUGUCUCUGGUUCAGCUCAUAUGACUUUUUUUUCGUUUUUUAUGAUUUAGAUAUAUGACAUUUGGCAAUCUUACAAAUACGUAAUCCCUUAAUAACGUGAACCUUAUUUCUACCUAAAUAAGGGGACACCUUAUCCGCUAAUAAGGUAAUACGUUACUUUUCAGUUAAUGCGCAUGAGCAGAAUAGCGUAUAACGUUUAACGUUGCUGAAAUAAGGGGCUUAAAAACUCUCUAUUAUAUAGUCUAGAAAGCUUCACUCUCACGUCUUAUUUGUUGCAGCACAAACGAAAAACAUGAAGAAGAUAGUUAGAUACAAGUUAAGCUUUACAAACGGACCUUUUUCUUUUUAGGCUGACAAUUUUUCGGAUAUAACGGAUCAUUGUGAUAACUUGAUUGGAUGAGCCCUUGAAAUUACUGUCUUACGUUUUCUAUUCACAUACGCCUUCAUUUUACUACUACUACUUGUCGGUUUAUAACGUUCUCUGCCGUUUUCCGAUUUCAAAUCACCAGUUCAUCAUAUCUUUCUAUGUUUCUUUCUCUCAGAUCUUUGUCUAUUCCUUCGCUCAAACUUUGUCUCGGUCUACCUCGUUUUCUCUUUCCUUCUGGUUGCCAUUUUAGUCUGUCCUUUAAUGUUGCAUAUUUAAAAAGAGCACAAAAAAGUAAGUUUAAUGGUUCGCUUCCAAUUUUGGGCCAGACAAUUUUAUGACUUUAAUUUUGAAAUUAUAUUGAAUUUUUUAAGAACUCUGACAUUAAAAAGCAGAUAUUAUUAACUUUUAGUUAUAAAUUAUUAAAGUUAAUGAAUAAAUACUCAUAAAAAAAUAUAAAGUAAUUGUGACCUUGAACCAACACCCUGUAUAUUGAAAUUUUGAAGAUUUGUCUGCGCAUUUUAAAAGAGCAUAAAAAACUGUGAUUAAGGGUUCAUUUUAAUUAUUUGCGCCGUUUAUUUAAUUACAUCAAUUUUGAAAUUAUAUUGAAAUUUUAUAGAACUCGUGAGAUUAAAAACCAGGUAUUAUUAACUUUUAAUAAUUUAAUAUUAAUAAAUCAAUACUUAUUUUAAAAAUAUGUACUUAAUACUUAUUUACUACGCUGGCUUCAUGGAUUCUCUGGAUUUGUAGCUGUAUGCACAUCAUUAAAAAUUAUAAUUGCGGGAAUUGGACUAUUUUAAUGAUUUAGUAAACAAUUAAAAAAACAGCUAUAUCUAAUAAAAAAAAUUCGUUUAAACAAUUCAACAUAAAUUAAAAAUAUUUGAACUAUAACAGUUGCUCAAAAUGUCCGCCUUUUUGUUCGAUGCAUUUCCUUGCUCGUUUUAAAAGAUUUCGAACCGAUUUUCUAAUUACAUUGGGAUUGUUCUUAAUUUUUCUGGCAGCUUCUUGUCACCUUGACAGAAUAAUCAAUCAAUACGAUUUCAAAAUUGUCGUAAUUUAAUUAUCUGCGCAAAAAUUUGACAUGCACAUUUUAAUGCAGUUUUUAUGCUCUUUUAAAAUACGCAAACAAAUUUUCAAAAUUUCAAUAUGCGGGGUGUUGUUUCAAAUUCACAAUUACUUUAUAUUUUUUUGUUAAUCCGGAUCUGGAUUUUUCUUAUGAUUAGUAAUUGGGUCAUUCCAAUGUGGUGAAUAAGUGUCGAUUAUUUCUAAAAUGAGUAUUUAUUCAUUAACUUUAAUAAGUUAUAACUAAAAGUUAAUAAUAUCUGCCUUUUAAUGUCAAGAGUUCUUAAAAAAUUCAAUAUAAUUUCAAAAUUUAAGUCAUAAAAUUGUCUGGCUGAAAAAUGGAAGCGAACCAUUAAACUUACUUUUUUGUGCUCUUUUUAAAUAUGCAAACAGAUUUUCAAAAUUUGAAUAUACAGGGUGUUGUUUUAAGGUCACAGUUACUUUAUAAUUUUUUGUUAAUCCGGACCUGGAUUUUCUUAUAGUUAGUAUGUCGGUCGUUUGGGUUUUGAAUGAGACAUAUGUAUACCAAAUAUCAAAAAAUAUACAGGGUCUUUCUAAAGUUAUGGCUUAGGAAAGAAAUGGGCAAAAUCGAUAAAACACCCUGUAAUUUGGUUAUAAAAGUUGGUAGGGCAAAAAAUGUAGUAUAUCUAGAACCGGCUCGGUGACCUCUAUUCACCAUUAAAGUAUUUCCGUUUCCCAAUGAAACACCCUGUAUAGGUUUUCAUCCUCCGUGCAAAGUGAAGUUAUAGAAUUUCGCUAUGUAUAUUUCGGUACCCUACUUGGUCCUACCUGAUCUUACACUGCCUGCUAUCAUGUCUAAUAUUUCUUCUAUCAUCCACUCUUGGUAGUUGGCUUUAUUUUGGAGAAGAAAAUUGUUGUUCAUAUCAUCAAAUGAUUCUUUUGUGGUGAUCCAUAACUUUUCAACAUCAUCCACAGUUGCCUUAUUAGAGAACUAAUUGUUUAUUUCUUCUGUAUAUGCUUCUCUUUUAUCGUUGUUGGACAUUGUAGAUAAAGUAUAUCUUUUGCACUCCCCUACAUGUUUCGCAUCAGCAAAUGAUUCUUUCAUGGUGAUCCAUAACUUUCAACAUCAUCCACAGUUGCCUUAUUAGAGAACUCAUUGUUUAUUUCUUCGUUUACUUCUCUUUUAUCGUUGUUGGACAUUGUAAAUAAAGUGCAUAUAUCUUUUGCACUCCGCUACAUGUUUUUCGAUUUGUUUAUUUUUACGUUUGCUUUUAAAGAUAACGUACUUAUAGACAAGAAGAAGUGAUGCUUUGAAUUAUAUUUUGAUUGAACUUGUUUCAACCGCUCUGAUGAUAAUUCGGAUUUGAGAAUUUUGAGAUUUUUUAACGUUUGUACAAUUAUUUUGUAUAGCUUUCCAAAGAAUCCAUUUAAAUAGUUCGUGGAAUAAAUUAUGAUUUUGUAUCUUGUAUUGUGUAUAUUUAGAAGAUUUCUGUUAACAGUGGUUUUAUACAAAAAAAAAAAUUUUAGCUGAUGUAAAAUAAUAAUUGUAUAUAGGAUUUUUCUUACUAAUUCGUUUCAUAUCAUGACUAGCUACUCAAAUUUUUAUUUAUGUUGUGUUACUUAACUAAAACAAAAUAUAUGGAGUGCACAAAAUCGAAUCAACAUGAGAAUCUGAAGGUAGACAACCAUACCUACGAAUGAAUAUGCCUCUACUUUUCCCUACCUAAAUCAUAGGCUCAAUGGACAUCCUAAGUCCUGACGUCACAAAAUUGGGAGGAGCUUAUAUUUGACUCCAAACAAUUUUGUUUAUAAGGUUAAACACUCAUAAGGAAGAUAAAAAAGAUCAAGGCAGGUUUUGUUUAUAUUUGAUUCAGAGUUGGACCACCAUCUCCAUAUAGCUAUUUCAGCAUCCUUAUGCCUCAUCGGUGAAGCUCAGAAGUCUCAACUCAUAAGGAAUUUUUAAUUUAUUAUUUACGUGGUUUGUGUGACAAAAUAAGACUUUUCAUUUAUGCAUUUAGUUAAAGAAACGUGUCAAUUAAGAGAUUUUUAUUCGUUUUUGCCCAGGUGAGUUAAUUUAAUGCAAUGAUUAGAACAUAAACAGUUUUGAGGUUAUGUUUAUUUUCAACCACUAAGGAAUAAAAACCACCUGAGCAAAAUCGAAUAAAACUCUCUUAAUUAACACGUUUCUUUAACGAAAUACCUAAAUGAAGUCUUAUUUUGCCACACAAAGCACAUAAAUGAAAAAUUCCUUAUGGCCAUUUAACGUUACAAACAAGAUUGUUUGGAGUCAAUAUAAGCUCCUCCCAAUUUUGUGACAUUUGUGACGUCAGACUUAGGCUGUCCAUAAUAAAUGACAACAACAAUACCAGUCAAGAAAUACAAGCAUGGAUUCUUAGCGGUAAUAAGUUCUUUUAUGCGUACAAACACUUAAUGAAAAGUAAGUUAUUGAAUCGUGAGUCGAUUAGAAUCUACAAAACAGUAAUUCGACCAAUGUUCAGAUAUGGAUACGAUAUGUGGACUUUCUCAACCACAGAUGAACAUCAACUGAGAAUAUUUGAUCGCAAAAUACUAAGAAAGAUAUUUGGACCACCACAUUGCAGCGAUGGUUCGUGGAUAAUUUAAAAUGAACUACGAGCUGGAUAAACUAAUACAGAGCGCAGAUAUUGUUAAAUUUGUAAAGUCACAAAGACUAAACUGGCUUCGUCACUUAAAAAGAAUGCCAGAUAAUCGAGCUGUAAAAGUAAUCCAGAGAUGGAAGCCCUAAGGAAAUAGAACAGGAGGAAGGUCCUGUAAAAGAUGGAUAUACGACGUAGAUUGCGAUCUUAAAACCAUGAACAUCAAGCAGUGGCGAAAGAAAGUAUCCGACAGGGCAGAAUGGAAGAACAUUGUUAAGCAGGUCAAGACUGACAAAGGGUUGUAGCGCCAUUAGAAGAAGAAUAAGUGUUGUUUUUGUAGUCUACCGGUGACCCUAAUUGUUGACAUGAAAUAUGAAACGGAAUUGUAAGAAAAAGGAAUAACUGUUUACCCUCAAAUAUUGUUUCAGUAAUUUUUCAUACCCCCGAAGGAAUAGUUUACAAUUUGUUUUAUAUUUUGUACAUAGGUAGAAAAAAAUGUUUGUUAGGCAGUUGAGUGACGUUGAUUUUAUUAAUAAAAUACUCAAACUUGUUAUGAACAGUUUUAAAAAGUUUAUACAAAAGUUGAUACGAAAUAUGUACACUAAGACCAUCUGUAUGCUUUAAGGUGUCAUCUGCUUUUAAUCCCAAUUGUUUUAUCUCUUUAUGUGUAUCCAAUCGUCGAGUAAUAUUUGGAAAAAUAUAUCAGACUUGGCCAAAUUUGGUGAAUGAAGAUGUUUUUACAAAAAUGCAUAGAAAAGUAUAUCCCGAGUAGAUAUUAAAUAAGGAGGAUAUAAUGCAUUUCUGUCUGACGCCUCUUUGAUUAUAAUAUUCGUCGGUUAAUCUCACGUCGAACCGUACGGCUGCGUUCUGGUUCAAAAUUUAAGUUUUCGAUGAUGAGUAUGUGUCUACCAUCAAUAAUUCCUUUAAUUCUUAAUAUGUCCAAAAGCAUUCCAUGCUGUACCCUAUCAAAAGCCUGUUCCUAAUCGAUGAAAGCCACAUAAUUAGCUUUAUGUUGUCACAUCAUUUUUGGGGAAGUGCAUUUAAAGCAAAAAGUGCCUCACACGUACCCAGCGAAUUCCUAAGUCCAAACUGGGUUUUAUCUAGGUCUCUUUCGCAAUGACUUUUUAUUGUUCCAUGAAUAAUGUGAAGAAAAAUGUUCAAUGUGUGGCUCAUCAAACUAACUAACCUGUAUUUAUCAGAUCUUUUUGCCCGUUGCUGCUUCGGAAUUGCUAUACAAACAGAAUUAAGCCAUCCUCAGGCAGGGGCUAACUACCAUUUAUGGGGGGUAACUACCCGGCCAAGAGGGCCCUGUAGGGGCCCCCGUUUGGUUGAUCGUGCAUAGAUUGUAACGAGGUCACAUAAACUUUUUAUAGUGCUUUCAGUCGAGUUCUAUUUCGAGUUGCCCGAUUGUAAUAAGUACACGGCAUAUUAAUUGUAACAACUUCAAUGAUCAAUUUUGACCUGUUUCACCUGCACCAUUAUAAAAAAUUUUGUAUUAAAAUCUCUUCAUGAAGUCACCUCAUUUUCUUUGCUUUCAAACUGCAAAGCAGCUCCGUCCUUUAGAUGGCUUCUUAUAAUUUCUUUGCAGUUUUCAAAGUUCUGCAUAUGUUGGAAUUUGUUUUUUAAGAUUUUAAUAAAAGGUACCGGAUGUCGUUUUCUAAUAUCCCCGCCAAAUUGCAUUCUGCUCUCAUUACAGUUGUAUACAAUUACUUCCCGACGGUCUCCUCCUUUUUGACAUUUUCCUAUCUUCUUCAAAUUUUCUUCCACUUUUUCCAUAUCGAAUUUUAACGCAUUUUCGAAUUUUUCUUCCACCUUGUCAAUUUUCUGUAUCUUCUCAGCAAUCUGGUUUACCUCUUUCUGCAUUUUCUCUAAAUAAACCUUCAUGUCUUCAUAUUUUUCUAACUCCCAACGAACAGUAUCGUUCGUUGGGAGGCACUGAAGUCCUCGUACCAAUCUCAAAAAUAUUCCUCAAAAGUGACUCUAAAACCUCUCAAUCCAACAGCUGGGCUGGAAGAUUUGAUGCAGUCAAUACAUUGAAACACAGAUCUUCCGAUGUUUUGAAGUGCCUUUCAAGUCUGGUUCUGACAAGUAACAAAAGAAAUGAAAGAGACGAAGCAACACAACUGAAAAAAAGAAACUAGAAUCAUUCAAAUUUGUUUUGUUACUAGUUGUGCAAAAUAAAAUCCUUGAAACCCUCAACAUAGUCUCAAAAACACUGCAAUCAAAAUCUUUGGACCUUUUAACAGUUUCCAGUUUACUUGAAGAGAGCCUCUUAAAACUAACUGAAAUGAGAGGACAAUUUGAAACCUUCUUUGAAGUGGCUUCAAAUAUGUGUCAACGUUGUUGACGUGUACUCAACGUGUACUCAAUGAUCGACACAUGCCAUCAGCUAGACACUCGCUUUCAAGGAAUGAAAGCAGUAUUAGAUUCGUACUGAAUUGUUCAACGUGAUUUUAUUUUGAAUGCAAACGAACAAGAUAUUCAAGUCUCAAGAAGCACUUAACUUUGUAAAAUGUUUUCCAGAUUAGAGAUGGUGGGGUUACCCUGUCCUCUGGUAUUUCAUCAGUAGUAUACACGUCAGAUUAACUAGAGCACUGAUGUGGUCUUGUAUCAUUUUUAAGACUUCAGCUGGAAUGUUGUCUGGUCCAAUUGUUUCUUUGGUUUUGUCUGAUUUUAUUACAUGAAGAACUUCAGAUUUUACAAUUUCAGGAUCUUCUUGAUUUAUAUUGCUCUGUACAUUUUGCCUGUCAUCUUGCAGCAAUUCAUUUAUAUAAUUACUCCACGUUUCAAGUAUUUUUCGUUCACCAAUAAUAACUUUUUCUGCAUUAUCUACUAGAGUAUUAGCGUUUUUCUUAUUAUACCUAUACUUCUGUUCUAAUUCGUCUAUUUAUGAACAUGGUCUUCACUUGGUAAAUUCUUUAAUUAAAUAAAUAAUCCAAAAUGUAUCUCUAAAUAAUUUAAAUUAAUUUAUUUAAGACAUUUUAAUAAAUGUUGCAAAAUAAAAAAAACAUGUUUUAGUAUUUUAUUGAUGAUGUAAAAUAUAAGUGUAGUGUAUAUAAGAGAGAAAUAUGUUUUUAAAAUUUUCUGGAUAUGAAACGAUACUGUUCACUAAUUCGAAAAUGAUAUUAUGUUCUCAUAGAUUACAAAAGAGUUCCAAACUUGAUUACCGUCUCACCACUCUGGAUUAAUUUACUUUUUGGUUGUAUAUUUUUUGAUAAUUAGAACUAUUUAAUAUUUAUAAAUUAUUGGUCUAAAAUAAAUAGUUAUUUACAAUUA